UCCAAGCAACCAGCGGUGAAUCAGCACGAACAUCGCAACCGUCAUUCAUAUUUUAGCGGUUUGCAGAACAAGAUGUCAACUUCAAUUCUCCCGGUGAUCAUCAAGAUUUUGGAAGAAUCUGGCGAGGAAGGCUUGCACACUAGAACGCUGCUGGCGAAAGUUCGCGAUCUGCCUGGCAUUCGAUCGGUUCCACCCCGAAACAUUCGGCAGGCAUUCGAUGACAAACUGAAGAUCGCCAACGACUGUGGUCUUGUAACGCAGCGUGAAGACCGCGUGCGGUUAGCGGUGAACUGCCAUUCCCCCGAGGGACCCAGUUUCUAUUCGGCCCUGGAAAAUUUAGAAAGGAACUUCCACGAAUUGCAACCACAGUCCGAUGCAGUCGCAGCGUCUGCUAGCAAACGUUAUCCGCAGCGAGAGCGCUCUAUGACCCGUACGGUUACCAACGGAUCGGGUGCACCGAAUCGGAGAGCUGCGGUUCGAACAUCCGCUCGAAGUUCCACGCAGCCAGCACCCGGCCGUUCAAGAUCUAGAUCUAGCAGCAGCAGAAGACAGCCCCGUUCUCGCCGUCAAUCUGCUUCCCGCUCGGUUACCAACGUAUCGCCUCCACCGAAUCGGAAAGCUGCGGCUCGAGGUUCCACGCAGCCAACAACAUCCAGGCGUUCAAGAUCUAGAUCUAGCGGCAGCGGAAGACAGUCUCGUUCUCGUCGUCAAUCUACUUCCCGCAGCCGUCGUUGAAUCCGUUUCUGGAAACAUAUUUUUCACCAAAUUUUAGUUCAUUUGUACCAGGUCAUGUUUAUUUCAAUAAAAUGUAAUCUUUAGAAUUCAA